GACACGCAGGGUGCCAGCCCGCUGUUCCUGGCCUGUCAGGAAGGAAAGGAGUCCUGUGCCAGGUUCCUCCUUGACCGCUGUGGCCGAGAGAAAGUUUGCGUCAGCCCUGACGAUGAAGAGCCGAAGCUCUGGGUGAACUUCGCGGAUCGGCCGCUCAACAGCGAGGCCACACCACUGUAUGUGGCGGCGCAGAAUGGACACCACGGAAACGUCCAAAUCCUCAUUGAGCACCGAUGCAACGUCAAUAAGGCUACGAGAGACAAGGCCACUCCGCUCUUCAUCGCCUCGCAGAUGGGCUUUGAUGCGAUCGUGGACGAACUGAUCCAGGCAAGGGCCCAAGUGGAUACGCCCAACAACACCGGAGCCACUCCGCUCUUCAUCGCAUCUCAGAACGAUAAGCGGAAGAUCGCGAAGAAACUGAUAGAUCUGAGGGCCGACGUGAACAGCGUCACCACGGGCGGAGCCACUCCGAUGUACAUCGCGGCGCAGAAGGACAAUAAAGAUGUGGCGGAGCUCCUGUUCGAAAGGGGGGCUGAGGUCAACAAGCAGGCGCAGGACGGCGCCACCCCAAUGCUUAUUGCCGCGCAAAAUGGAAACCUCUCGACAGUGAAGUUCUUGCUGUCCCUGGAAGUGGCAGAGAAGGAUCUUUGCAUGCACAGUGGGGCCAGCCCCGUGUUUGUGUCGGCGCAGAAUGACCAUUUGGAGGUAGUCAAGGCCCUUGUGCAGCAUGGCAGCAACGUGACACUUUGCCUCAGGAGUGGCGUCAGCCCAGUCUACAUCGCCGCACAGAAUGGUAACCUGGAGGUGCUGAAGUACCUGCUGCAGGAGGCCUAUGCCGAGUAUGGGUCUCUCCUGGAGGACGCUGCUUCUUUCGGAGACUUGGAGAAACCCAUCCACGAUCUUCUGGAUAAGCCCGCUGUCGGGGACGCCACACCGCUCUUCAUCGCCUCUCAGAAUGGCCACCGCGAUGUUGUGAAGCUAUUGUUGGAGAUGAAGGCCAGGUACAGCUGCACAGAGGACUGCUCAAGUCCGCUGCUGGUGGCCGCACAGAACGGCCACCUGGGAGUGGUUGACGUCCUUUGGGAGACGCUGAAGGAGGAGGUGGGCCUGAACUUAGCAAAGCGGGGUGGAGCCACACCGCUUUACAUUGCCUGCCAGAAUGGACAUUUCGAUGUGGUCGCGAAGUUGGUGGAUCUAAAAGCGAAGGUGAACCAGAGCCUCCAGAGUCAAGAGACGCCGCUCUUCAUUGCCUGCCAGGGGGGUUUCUUACCCGUGGUCCGUCUCUUGGUCGAGCAUCAGGCAGACGUAGACCAGGCCAAGCAGGACGGCGCCUCCCCGCUUUACAUCGCCUGCCAGAACGGCCACGUGGAGGUCGUCCGAUACUUGCUUGGCGAGUCGCCUCGCAAGCCGGACAGAGACCAAGCCAACAGCAACCAGGCCACGCCCCUCUUCAUCGCCUCUCAGAAAGGCCACGACGUCAUCGUCGAGCUCCUCUUGAGCGGCCCAG